CGGACAUGGAACGAGGUCGUCGUCAAAAACAUACCACCGUCCUUGAAAAUAACACAGGGAAGAUUUACACCACUCGUUUAGAUUCGUUCGGAUUGGACACCCGUCUAGAAGUUCAGUCAAUAAAAUGCCCGGGUGGACCAACGACUCCGAGAAAAGAGACGGGGACGAGGAGGAGGAUGAAGAGGUGGAUGAUUCGGGAUACAAAGCCGUCAAAGACGCCGUCAUCUUCGCGAUAGAUGUCAGUCCGUCCAUGCUGAAGAAACCACCGAAUUCCAGCGACCGGAAAGCCGACCGGGAUACCGCAGCGUCCGCCGCUCUGAAAUGCGCGUACCAGCUGAUGCAGCAGCGGAUCAUAUCCCAUCCGCAUGAUAUGAUGGGCGUGCUGCUGUUUGGCACCGAAGAAUCCCGUUUCACGGAAACUGUAGAUUCCGGGUCCGCCAGCACCCUGAACUACCCUCAUUGCUAUGUUUUGACCGAUCUGGAUGUCCCGGCUGCGGCAGAUGUGAAGAAGCUUAAAAGCCUGGUUGAGGACGAGGAAGAGGCGGAGAAAUUUCUGAAGCCAUCCUCGGAGCCUGUUUCUAUGUCCACUGUGCUCUUUUGCUCUAAUAAUCUAUUUACAACCAAAGCCGCGAACUUCGCGUCGAGGCGGUUAUUCCUAGUAACGGAUAACGACGAUCCACAUCUGAACGACAAGGCACUUCGUGCGUCCGCUGCGGUCCGAGCGAAGGACCUCUACGACCUUGGGGUGGUGAUUGAGCUAUUCCCCAUAUCCCGGGGGGACCAUACGUUCGACCGUACCAAGUUUUACGAUGACAUCGUAUAUCGCCCAGUUUCUGCAGAUCCGGAAGCACCUGCGCCCAUUGCUGGCGAAUCGAGGGUUUCUGUCAGUGGAGACGGGAUCACAUUGUUGCAGUCCCUUCUCUCCAAUAUCAACUCCAAAGCAGCACCGAGACGCGCCCAAUUUACCAUACCUCUCGAACUGGGGCCUGGGCUCCGGAUUGGAGUGAAAGGAUUCACAUUAAUCAAACGUCAAGAGCCGGUUCGAUCAUGCUACAUUUGGUUGAGCGGUGAGAAGCCGCAAAUCGUCACGUCGUCUACUACGAAGAUUGCAGAAGAUACGGCACGUGCUGUUGAUAAAAGUGAGAUCCGGAAAGGUUUCCGGUUUGGUGGCGAGGUUGUGUCUUUUACGCCCGAGGAGCUGGCUGCGCUCAAGAACUUUGGCGACCCAAUCAUCCGAAUCAUCGGCUUCAAAUCGCUCGACAGUCUUCCGUUCUGGGCGAUCACGCGCGCCCCGUAUUUCCUCUACCCGACUGAAGAAGAUUUUAUCGGCUCCACUCGAGUCUUCUCCGCGUUGCACCAGAAGCUCGCCAGGGACAAGAAAUUCGGUCUCGCUUGGUUCAUCCCCAUACGAAACUCGCAUCCUCGACUUGCGGCGAUCAUCGCUGGAGAAGAACGGCUAGAUGAAGAUGGGGAGCAGGUCAUGCCCCCUGGCCUCUGGGCAGUGCCUCUCCCAUUCGCCGAUGACAUCCGGCAAAAUCCAGACACGCAUCUCAUCCGCGCGCCCAACAAACUGAUUGAUCUCAUGCGAGAUGUGAUUCGACAACUUCAGCUUCCGGGCGCAAAGUAUGACCAGAAGAAGUACCCCAACCCAUCGCUUCAGUGGUUUUACAAGAUCCUCCAAUGCCUCGCACUCGACGAAGACAUCCCUGAAACCCCGGAAGACAAAACCAUCCCGAAAUACAAGCAGAUCAACAAACGAGCAGGGGACUACGUUCUGGAAUGGGGGAGAGAGCUGGAGAUACAGUAUCAAGGAUGGAUGGCAAGUCAGGGCUAUGGGCAGGUCAAGCCACCGGGGAAGCGAAUUGCGGAUCGAACCGCGGAGAAAGGACCGGCGAAGAAGAUCAAGGCGGAGGACGGUGGGACGACUAGCUCUGCCAUGGCGAAACAUUUCCAGAAGGGAACGUUGGCGUCCCUCACCGUCGCAACCUUGAAAGAGUUCGCAGCUGAGAAAGGCAUCAAAGUCUCCGGCAAGAAAGCAGAUAUCGUAGCCGCGGUUGAAGAAUAUUUCGAGACCAAGAGUUGA